AUGUCUGACGAUAUAAUUUGGCAGCUAAUCAAUAAUCAGUUUUGUUCCUAUAAGCUAACCACUGACAAAGCGCAGACAUUUUGCCGGAAUGAGUAUAAUGUGACAGGUUUUUGCAGCAGAAAAGCUUGUCCAUUGGCCAAUGCAAAGUAUGCUACAGUGAAAAGCAUUGAUGGGAGACUAUACCUGUAUAUGAAGACAGCGGAAAGAGCUCAUACACCCGCCAAGCUUUGGGAACGAAUCAAGUUAUCAAAAAAUUAUUCAAAAGCCUUGAAACAAAUUGAUGACCAUCUAUUGUACUGGAACAAAUUUUUAAUUCACAAAUGUAAACAAAGAUUAACAAAACUCGUCCAAGUUUCUAUUACUGAGAGACGUAUGGCUUUGAGAGAGGAAGAAAGACAUUAUGUUGGUAUCGCCCCAAAAGUAAAGAGAAGAGAAGAAAACAGAGAAAGAAAGGCAUUGGUAGCGGCAAAGAUCGAAAAAGCCAUUGAAAAGGAGUUACUGAAUAGACUGAAGAGUGGUGCAUACGGUGACAAACCGCUAAACGUCGACGAGAAAAUCUGGAAGAAAGUUAUGGGUCAUAUGGAGAAUGAAAAUGAACUACAUGAGGAUGAAGAGGAGGAAUGGGAUGAAGACGAGUCGGAUAUGGAAAGUGAAGACGGAGAAGUUGAAUAUGUUGAGGAUGAUGGAGAUGAGGAUCUCGUUGAUGUAGAAGAUCUACAAAAAUGGUUGGAGGGUUCUACCUCGGAUAAGGAUGACAGUGAAGACGACAGUGAGGAUAGCGAUGAUGACAGCGAUAAUAGCGAUGAAGACGAUAAACAUUCAAAGAAGAGAAGAAAAACUACAGCUGCAAGAAGGCGUCCUAAAGUCGAAAUUGAAUACGAAGAAGAGCAUGCUCAACCUGCUGCUCAAGAAUUGGUUCAUUAA